AUGAGCGGUGCGAAGCGCCUGGCUGCAGCGCCGACGGCCGUCGCUGGCCUCGAACCGAUCCUCAUGAGCAUCGUCCAGUGCUUGGCGUCGCCGCAAGACGUCUUGGCCUUUCUCCACGGCCUCGACACGCCAAGUCUCUGCACGCCUCUCGCGGCGCUCUUGCAGUUGCUUCGGGCGCCGCGAUGGGCGAUUAGCACUUACCCGAGCAGCGAUGACUACUGCUUAUCCUACCUGUGGCCUUGCUUGAGCUUGGACGACGUUCAGCCUGCUGCCGCUGCAGUUGUUGUCGACGCCAUGCCCAUGUUCCCCAAGAUGGAAGUAGACGACGUGGGCAAGUGGAUGCGCGAGUGGACGUUCGUGCCGCCCGGUCGCCUGCCGUCGGACGGACGCUUCGACGCAUUUGCGUGGCUCGCUGCAACGUGGGGACACAAACUCACGCUCAUCGGAAUCGGCGACGAAGUGGACGAUGACGGGCGCGCUAUCGAACCGACCUUGGACUUGCCCGUUCUCUGCAGUGCGCUGAAGUUGUGCAAGGGCCUCAACGAGGUCUCUGUCUUGAGCGACAAUUUGAUUGUCCCGGACAUCUUUGCGGCUGUUACGACACCAGCUCACCACGUACGCCGAGUGCGAGUCCAUUCGUCGCUUCCAGAGACCGACUGCGCUGCUGCGCUCCAACCGUGGCUGGCGUCCGGGCACGCGGAGCAUUUGGACUUUUCGUACUUCAACGAAGCCGAAGAAGUCAACGGCAGCGUUUGUCUUCUUCUCGCUGCAGCGCACACACUGACCAGCCUUCAUCUCGUGCUGGACCCCACUCCCCCACUGGACGACGUCGAUGGCCCGUGGUUGGAGAACCUCUCGGAGCUACGCAUCACCAGCUAUCGCGCCGAGCAGCGCUUCAUCGAGCGGCUCUUGCACAGCACGCGCUUGAUGUCGCUUUCCAUCUCGGCCAGUUUCGACUUCGGCGUCGUGUUGGAUGUGCUUCCGCGCUUCCCCGCACUGUACGAGCUCAACUUGGCCAGCUGCGCCUUCGAUGCCAUCAACGUAGCUCCAGGGACGUGGCAGGGGACUCCAGCACUUCGAAGCGUCGGUAUCGGGGACGCUCAGUGGUUCUCCGACGCAGCGCUUGAUGCGCUCAUGGCGCUCUUGGCAGGCGCGCCCGCCCUCGAGACAGUGUCGUUGAGCGAGUGCGAAUGGAGCGAUCGCCAAUUCGACGUCGUCGCAUCGAGCCUCCGCAACUGCAUCGACCGUGGCGUCCGUCACAUCUCCGUCAUGAGCUGCUUCUAUCUCGACUUGAGCGACAACCACGAUAUCGACACGGCCGGCAAGUACGCGCUUCUCGACGCCCUCGCGACCUGCGCCGGCGUCUCGGUGCAGCUGGACUCCCAUUUGGCACCGUCAUCGACCGAGGCCGCCGCGCGCAAUCUCAUGGUCCUUGUCAAGAAUCCUUAUUUUGUCGUUGCGAGCCCGGCAUGCGACGCGUCGGCUGUCUGA